AUGUCUCCAUCAAUCGAUAGCAAGAGCCAGGACCACAUCGUUCAGGAAGAGCCACCGGCGGGUUCCACGGUGCCUGCCAGGUCCAGGAGCCUAGAGCAGAGCAACGAGGAUCAGAUCGCUUCGUCCAAAGACCCUUACUCCCUACAGGGCUACAAGGUCGACAGCGAAGGCCUUGGUGAAUCAAACAACAAGCUCUCUUCCCGCAGGCAAACUCGGGUGAAGAAAUACUAUAAUCGUCAAAACGCCCUCAUCGACGCCUACCUAGGCAGCAACGAUGAAGAAAAACUCGAAGCCGAAGACCGUCUCAAGAACGGGGGCAAGGUCCGAUUCGCCGUCAACGCCAGCUUCGCAUGCAACUUCUGCCUGUUUGUCAUCCAGAUGUAUGCGGCCAUCUCGACCGGGUCGCCUGCUCUCUUUGCCACCGCGGCGGACGCAUUCAUGGACCUCGUCAGCUCGGUCGUCAUGCUCAUCACCACGCGGAUGGGAUCACGGCCCAAGCUGGCCAAGUUCCCCGUUGGGCGCAAACGCGUCGAGACGGUCGGGAUCAUCCUCUUCUGCGCCCUGAUGACGACGGUCGCCGUGCAGCUGAUCAUCGAGUCCGCCCGCGCACUGGGCCGCGGCGCCCCAGAUACAGAACCUCUGGCCGUCAUCCCCAUCACGUUCGUCUCGACGGCCAUCUUCUCCAAGGGCUGUCUGUUCGUGUACUGCUUCCUCCUGCGCCGGUACCCCGCGGCGCGGAUCUUCAUGAUCGACCACCGCAACGACAUUGCCGUCAACCUGUUCGGCCUGACCAUGUCGAUCGUCGGCAGCCGCUUCAGCAAGGUAUGGUACCUCGACCCCGUGGGCGCCAUCUGCAUCGCGCUGCUGAUCCUGUGGUCGUGGGCCUCGACGGCCUUUGAGCACAUGUGGUAUCUGGUGGGCAAGUCGGCGCCGCAGGACAUGCUGAACAAGCUGGUGUACGUGAGCGUGACGCACGACGCGCGGAUCCAGAAGAUCGACACCGUCCGCGCGUAUCAUGCUGGCGAGAAGUUCUAUGCCGAGGUAGACAUUGUCAUGGCCGAGACGGAGCCCCUCAAGGUCACGCACGACGUGAGCCAGAGCUUGCAGCGCAAGUUGGAGGGGCUGGCGGAUGUGGAGCGGGCAUUCGUCCACGUCGAUUACGAGGCCGAGCACGACGUCCACGAGGAGCACAGGGCUUUGUACAAGAGGAAGGAAAACUCCCCGGUGCGAAGUGCGGAGGAGGUCGCGGAAAGUGAGGUGAAGAGGGGCGUAUUGGCAAGGUUGCUGAGGAGGUGA